AUGUUAAGUAUGGAUUUCGGAUUUGACCUGGAAGACACUUACGAGCCGGCAGUUCGUCAGCUAAAAACUGAAGAAGAAAUCCAGAAGUAUGUGGUCGAUGAGAGUCUGGACCCUGUGAACAGGUUUGUUCACAUCCUCUCGAAGGGCGAAGAGAUUCAGAAGCAAAGUGCUCUCAGCAGUGCCCCCAAUCUGCUCAGUCACUGUGAACCCAAGGAGAAAGAAGGGGUGUUGAAAGAGCUUUGCCGUUUUGUUGGGUCUUCCGGAGAAGACUAUCACUUAUUAAUGGCCGAGCAAUUACCACAGCUGCUGCGAGAAAGUGUGGUCAGUGAACAUCUAUUUUUGAAGCUCGUUUUCCCAACUGUGAUUCAAGGUCUUCAAUCAAGGAACUCGACAAUUUCCCAAGCGUGGAACAAUUGUUUAUUGGAAGUGCUACCAUUUCUGCCCAAAGAAGUUCUUAAAAGCGACAUCCUUCCCAUUGUUCGCAGAAACAGCGACCUGCGGCAGACCGUGCAAACCAGGACCUUUUCUUGUCGUCUCGUCAGCAAAAUGGCCGAGCACUACGAGACCUCGCUAAUCAUGCAGGACUUGGUUCCCAUUAUCAAACAUCUUUGCCAAGACAUCGAGUACGAAGUGCGCUGGAACAUGGGUGUAAGUCUGGUUCCAAUUGUAGCCUCGGUAGAUUCGAAGACCACGGUGAACAUACUGCUUCCAGAGUUGAUUGAAUUGACCAAUGAUGAAGAGAAAAUAGUCAAAUUCAAAGCACUAGCCACUCUGGUUGACUUUGUUCCCUAUCUUGACGAGGAAAGCAUUUUGUCGACCGUUUUGCCAACCGUGGACAGAUACAUAGAGUCCACUUCGCUUAAACAUGAUCCAAACAUAGUGGAAGUUUCACGUGUUUUUGGAGCUUUGUGCUAUCAUCUUGGCUCCCACUUAACCGAAGACCAGAAAAACUAUUACCUCAGUUUCUUCCGCAAACUCAGCACUAACGGCCUCACAGACAGUGGAUCAGGAUCCAAAACUGAAAAGUAUCGCCGAGAUUCCACCCAUUUCAUGCCUUCGAACAAAACACAGGAAAGUGACAUGAAUGUCGAUUGUCGUCAGUAUGCUGCUUUCAAUUUCCCCGCAAUAUUGCGAUUCUGUGGUACCAAUGAUUUCUCUACACAGUUGGAGAGGUCUUUAACUAGUUUGGCUACCGAUCCUGCGGUACCCGUGCGCAGAACGCUUGCCGUCGGCUUUCACGAAGUGGUUAAAUAUAUGUCGCCAAGGUCCGUUGUUUUAGAGAACACUCUGUACCAGCUUCUGAGCGAUGAUAACGUUGAAAUCAAAAGCGCAGUUACGAAACACUUGGAUAUAAUUAUUAUCUACAUGUACGAUUCAUCUAUCAGCGAUGUAACUCGGAAGAGCAUGCAAGAGAAAAUCGCUGAGGCCAUAAUCGAUUGUUACGAAGCUCUACGAGUGAGUCAUGACUGGAGAGCCACGGCUAACAUCAUCCGACAUUUUUGCUCAAUUCCAAAUUGCUUCACAGAUGAAAUCACUUACAGGAAGAUCUACCCACUUGUGAAUGAAGUAGUGGCGUCGCAUGCUGCGAGACCUAUAAAAGAGGCCGCUUGUGAAACACUCGCUUGGCUUGUAAGGUCCAACAGGAAAUUCGACCAGAGAACUGAGAUGGUCUCAAACUUGAUCACGAAUCUGUCUGCCUCCCAAUCAUCUGCUCAACGACUCAUCUUCGUCGAGCUCUGUCGGUGCUUUUCCAAAAAUUUCUCCCGCAAGUUCUUCAAAGAGAACCUCUUUGAGCAUGUGAUUAAUCUUUCAACAGACAAAGUAGUAGAUGUUAGAUUAGCACUUAGCAAAUUUCUUCCCCAUAUCAAGUCCAUGUUAAGACUGCCAGUUGAUAGCAACCUGUUGCGAAGGCUAGAAUCGGCAGUUCGCAACCUCAUCAACCAAGACUACCAGAACAGACAAUCAAGUACUGUGACGUCGACCAUCAGACACUACCUGCAGCUAUGCGACCAGCAGGAGACUAUAGUGGAAACUGCGUUGGACCACGUGCCAAGAAACGAAGAAGAUGUCAUUGAUCAAACAAAGGAAGAUGAAGAGAGAUCGAUCGAGAUGCACCACAAACAGAGACGGAGGAAAUCGCUGCCAAAAACCAGCCCUCUACUAACUACAUCAAAACCUAAAGUACCAUCUGAUUUCAACGGAAACAAGAAUACGAAAAACUCGACAACAUCGCCAACUUCGCACAGUAAUGGAUCUCUGCAUGGAGGAUCAGCCUCUCCCCUCUCUCCGUCGAUAAAAAGCCCUGUGUCUCAUUUGAACGGGAGCAAAAGUGGAAACGGCCACAACUCUCCGGCUACCAAGAAGGGAUCCUUUAGGACUCAUUCAAGUAGUGGAACGUUCUCGCCGAUGGCAAAGAACGAUCACGCAGAAAAGAAACAAAAUGGAGCGCAUGACUUGAGGAGGGCAUCUAUGCCAGUUAAUCUUCCCUCCGAAACAGUCCAGAAGAAGACGGCAACUUCAAAGGCCAGUGCCAAAAAAUAAACACAAGCCAGAUCAUCCAGUCAAAGUUUGAACUAAAAACUUCCUUUGAUGUUCUGUCUUUGAAUGUCAAUCUAUCUUUAUUUUAUACCGUGGAUUAAAGUUGAACUUUUUUCUGCCAAUAUCUCUUAUCAAAAUUUUAGACGUUAUUGUCCAUAGUUGAAGUCUGAUAUUAUAUCUUGUAAAUAUGUAAAUAAUAGUAUUAGAAUGGUAAUUGCUUAAUUUACAUUUUACAAGUUUGAUUGAAUUGGAGAGAGUAUAGCAUUUAGAAAGUAA